UUACUCAUAAUGUUUGACAGAUGGCAUGCAAAAGAAGUAUGGGUCACAUGGCUGUGAACCAGGGCGAUGUACUAGCAGCAGCUAUGAGAGAGAUAUAAAAAUACGUCAGACUAGACAGGAGGUUCUCAUAAGCGUCUGCAUGCAUUGGCAGUCCUUGACAUAUCGAUGCAGUGGACGUUUCGACGCGUUCUCAGAGGAUACGCUGAAGAUGAGUUUACGCUAGUCUCAAACAGGAUUAGUACCUAGACUGCCCGCGGGAAGCCACGAUGCCUCCCCAACCGGCGUAUGCGCUCUCUUGCCGUCUUUCCAUCAUCUGUAUCCCAAUUGCACCGAAAGCACUAUAUUCAUGACUACAACCGUGUCUGAAUGGCGGAGAAACCUCCGAAAUCGCAUCUCUCAUCGACCCGAUCAACCUUUGCCCUCAUAGACCCAAGUACGUCCUUAUUCCACCGCCAGAUAGACCGCCACGCCUACCUCACCAGCGGGUUCCGUACCCACGUCGCGAUAUCAUACGUGUGGAGCGAAUGGCGAAAUAAUGCAUUGGAUAAGCUUCCGAGCUGGGCAGCGCUCCAGAAGCGGCUGGCGUCUCUUCUGGGAGAGCGUGCCUCUCCGGGCAUGAAAGCCAUCACGGGGAAGGCAACUCGCUGUUGGCUUGACUGCAUGUGCAUCGAUCAGGAGUCGAGCGAGGACAAGUCAUAUUGGAUACCGCGGAUGGACGAGAUAUACUAUGAGGCGCGUUGUACGAUUCUGCUCUUGCGAGUACCUGGUUUGGAUCUGGGCCCUGUGCUGCAAGUCAAGAGGCGCAUGCACUGCCCCUUGUCUGGACCCCUGAGGCUCAGGGACAUCGCGCAAAUGGUUCCGCAUAACUGUCUUCUGUGUCAAUCUUGCACAUCGCUGUCGGAACUUGACUCAGAGCUCGAAACGUCCGCUCUCGGUGCGCUGAAGAUCCUAUGUGACGCGACGUGGCGCGAGAGAGCCUGGAUUCUACAAGAGAUACUGCUCAGUCAGAACUACUUGCUCACUUGGGAUGAUAGUGGCGAGUGGCUCUCCCUUGCCGACACCGCUGUGAUAGCUGCGCUCCUAUACCGCCGUAAUCUAGAAGAAACAUGGCUGGACGGAUUUGCGUCCUGGUGCCGCAGAUUGUGGUAUCUUCGGCAAAACUACGACGAAGCCCAGACGUACGAACUAUGCGACGCGAAUGUGUUGCAGCUAGCUUCCACGCUCAGCGCCACGGUACCUUCGGACAAGUACUAUGCUUUGUGUGGCAUGUUACGGCUCAAGCAUAUAAAGCCAAAUCCCGAACAUAAUGCUAAUGAAGCUCUUGUGGUUAUUGUAGAUGCCCUGGUUCAAGAAGGCCGGAUGAGCUGGCUGUAUGCUGUUCCACCGUCUCUUGAAAGCUCCAUGCAACUUCAAGAUGGAGAAAUGGCACCUUUCGUUCUAACUCGGCUUGAAGAUAGCCUGAAGCCCAAUAAGAAACAUAGGGCUGCCAUUCAGUCCGAAGAGCUUACUCUUGACGCGAUCCAACUCGGGCGCAUCACUCAAGUGCUGCCACUCUCGCAGGUUUUGGAGUCAACAUUCACCCACUUACGCGAGACCCGCGAUUUUGACUUCCCCGAAAGCAUGGCGUACUGCCAUCGCGUGCCAGACAUCAUCCGAAGGCUUUCACUCGACUUAGUAGACCCUUUACUUCUUGAACCCACUUUCGGGCACAUAUGCAGAGCUCUUCAACCUUUUCAUACCGUGAAGUCGGAAGCUCGUAAGGGAUGGUUAUGCGUAAUGUUCCUCAGCUUCAUGGAUGAGCCUCUGAUCCAAGAGAUGUGCGAAGGGGCUGCGGAGGAAGACGUGCAGAUUGUUAGGUCGGCAGCCGCAUCGCUUCAGCGGCAUCUGAUGAAGAUACGGGGUUUCUUCAGUGUUUUGCUCUGGACUAAAAAAGCGGAAGGAGACAAGUCCGUAGUAGUGAGUGUAGCGGUCUCGGGUUGUCCAGUCGAUGCUCACAUCUUCUCAUUGAACGGCGAGCUCGACUCGAUGUUUGCGGCUCGUUUGCUGGAUCAAGCGAACGCCUAUGAUGAGUUUUGUGGCCCGCUAUUGUCGUUGAACGUACGUGAUACUAUCGGUCCUCGACCUUCUAGACUGUUCACGACGCAGUUCUGGCGGAAGCAAUCUUCCACUCCACACGUGAAGUCACUUCGUUUCAGAUAUAGAGGGGGCGAUGAAGUAUCGUAACAUGUUACUGUCAUUGUGUUUUUGUCAUGUAACAGAACGAGGUACAUACGAGCUCAAAGACACAAACCUCCCAGCGAUGAUGGAGAUGUCUGUCCCGUACAAGCAAUCCCAUCUAAUGGCCUUUGUUAAAAUGAUCACGCAGCUUGUCCUGGCGAUAGAACA